AUGGCUACUGGUUACAUCCAUGGUGGUGCUUGGCGUGAUCCAGCAGUUACCUCGACAUCCUUCAAUGCCACUGAAUCCUUGCUUCGCGAGAAAAACCUACCUAUUGCCGGAUUUGCGUCGAUCUCAUACCGUCUCAGCGCGCACCCAAAUUACCCACAAGACCCAUUAAACACCGACCCGAAGGACUUCCAAGAUGCGAAACACCCUGAUCACAUCACUGACGUAGAGGCAGCACUCGUGCUCCUCCAGAAUACAUACGGGUUCGGCUCGCGAUACAUCCUGGUUGGCCAUAGCUGCGGCGCAACGCUCGCCUUCCAAGCUGUGAUGGGCGCAGUCUCAGGUCAUCGUGAACAGGCGCUCGCCAGUCCCCAGUCACUUACAUUGACAGCGCAACCCACUGCCAUUGUCGGUGUCGCGGGUAUUUACGAUCUGCGACAGCUGCGGGAUACGUAUGCUGACGUAUCGGCUUACCAAGAGUUUACCGAGGGUGCUUUUGGAGCGAAUGAGACGCUUUGGGAUGAAGUAUCGCCGGCUCAGGUUAUUGGCUCUCGUGGAGUGGAAGGCGGGUGGAAGUCUGGAAGAUUGGCUAUCCUAGCGCAUUCUCAGGACGAUGGAUUGGUGGAUGCGUCCCAGGUAGAGGUAAUGAAGGAGGCUUUGAAGAACUGGGAAAAGAAAGGGGCACAUGUAUCCAUGCAAGAGAGUUCGAACUGUGAUAGACGGCUCCGCUUCUUGCCGAUCAACGGUGUUCAUAACGAGGCAUGGGAGAAGGGUGAGCAAAUGGCUCGCGCGGUGACGUUUGCAUUCGAACAAUUGCAAGAAAUGGGGCUCGCCGCAUAG